AUGGGUCGGAUCAAGAAGAAGGGUGUUGCCGGCAAUGCGAAAAACUUCAUAACUAGAACAAAAGCGGUCCGUAAGCUCCAGGUUUCUCUGCCUGAUUUCCGAAGAUUGUGUAUUUUUAAAGGAAUCUACCCCCGUGAACCUCGGAACAAAAGGAAGGCAAAUAAGGGCUCUACCGCCGCCACUACAUUCUACUACACAAAAGAUAUUCAAUAUCUACUUCACGAGCCCGUCCUCGAAAAAUUCCGCGAACACAAAGCCUUCGCCAAAAAGCUCAACAAAGCCCUCGGCCGUGGGGACUAUUCCGAUGCAAAGCGUCUCGAGACUAAUAACAAGCCCCAAGUUAAACUUGACCAUAUCGUCAAAGAGCGCUACCCCACCUUCACUGACGCACUCCGUGAUCUUGACGAUGCAGUUUCUAUGUUGUUUCUUUUUGCCAACCUUCCAACUAAUCACAACCUCAACCCCGAGACUAUUGCAACAUGCGAGAGGCUUUCCAAUGAGUGGCAGCACUACAUCAUCCGCACGCAUUCAUUGAGAAAGAGUUUCCUAUCGAUCAAGGGAAUAUACUACCAGGCGGAGAUUCAAGGUCAAGAGAUUCUGUGGCUAGUACCAUAUAAGUUUGCGCAGAAUGUUCCUGCAGAUGUUGAUUUCAGGGUUAUGGGCACGUUCGUCGAAUUCUACAGCACUUUGGUUGGAUUUGUGCUUUUCAGACUUUACACCAAAGAAGGCCUUGUGUAUCCACCAAAAUUCGAUGCAGAUGCAGACUCGAAGGGUGCGGGACUAAGAGCGUUUAGCCUAGAGGCAAAAGGCGUUGGCCUUCUACCGGCUGCUGGAAAUGAUAAAAACAAUACCAAGGCGAUGUCGAGGCAGCUUGCUACACUUAACGAGAAGAUCGCCUCGCUUGAACAGAAGGAUGAGGAAGAUCCUGUUGAGACCACUACACUGGAAGAAGAUUCUGUGAUGGGGGAGAGUACUAUUGACACCUUUAAGCCUGUCGCCACUGGCGCAGAUGUCCUGCUACAACCUCACAUGAGCAAUGUUGGGACCUCAGGCUCUCAAGAUCCAGCAAACCUCUUUGCGCCGUUCACCUUCUUCCUCUCUCGCGAGACUCCAAGACAACCACUCGAGUUCCUUUUGAGAUCGUUCGGAUGUAAGAGAAUUGGAUGGGACUUGGUUCUCGGAGAGGGUGCGUUCACUGAGGACGAGAAUGAUCCAUUAAUCACCCACCAGAUUGUUGAUCGCCCCCCCGCCAAGCAAGUUGCACUCCCGCUCAUGCCGAUUGAUGGCGAUGAAGAAAUGGCAGAUGCAUCCAAGGUCAAGAAAGUCAAUGGAAGAAUCCCGGGACGCAUUUACGUGCAGCCACAGUAUAUCUGGGAUUGUAUUAAUAUCGGGAGACUGCUUUCGCCUGCCGAGUACGGCCCUGGAGCUCUGUUACCUCCUCACUUGAGUCCAUGGGUCAAGGUCGACGAGAAGACAUAUGAUCCUACCGCGCCCAAUGUCGCCGACGAGGAAAUGAGCGAGGAUGAGGAGGACGAUAUCGAGGGUGGGAUGGAAGUGGACUUGGAAAGUGAAGAUGAGGAAGACGAACACGAAGCGAUCGAAGUGGGCGCAUUGGAAGAGGAAGAGGAAGAGCCAGAGUCUGAGGAUGAAGAGGAGAAGGCGCAACAAGAGCAUCAGCGGGAAUUGGAAGCAGAGGCAGCAGGUGUCAAAUUGCCAGUCGGAGAAAAAAGAAGAAGGAAAAGAGGAAGAGUAAGCAAGAGAGAGAAGAGGAGGAGCAAAAGGAAAUGCAAAAGAUAA